CGUCGCUGUGGGUGUUUCCGCAUUCCGCAAAGAGCUUUUUCGGCAGAAGCGCAACUUGGAGAGGAGAUCCUCCGUCGCGUCUGUGAAGAAGAAGAAGCAGCCUCCUCCUCCUCCUCCUCCUCACCAGUGAUUCCCAGAGGAAUAGUGGUCCGUCGCCAGGGAGCAGAGAUGCCUUACUUGUUCGUCAGUACGCAGAUCAGACUGACUGGUCCAACAAAUGUGGGAGAUGAAUAUUCUGAUCCAGAAAUCAUGAAUUACCUGGGAGCGAGGAAAACAACCAUGCUGGGGAACAAUUUUUCCGAGUACCAUGUGGACGACCCGCCUCGCCUGGUGCUGGACAAGCUGGAGAAGAUAGGCUUCCGCGUGCUGACGAUGACGGGGGUUGGACAGACGCUGGUGUGGUGCCUCCACAAGGAGACGGAGUGAUGGAGCGAGAGUUGACUGUUGACUGUAAAUGCCUCUAGAAGCCUUUAAAAGGAUGAAUGAAAGAACUUUUUAUCCCAGACGUAAGGUUUCAGAUUACCUUCAAUAGGCGACAGGUCACCAAUUUCAGGGGAAUAAUGAUCUACAUUCCAGAGAUUUUAUGUUAUUUACUACUGGUGACCAAGUGGGAGUGUAGGAAGUGAGGGCCAGUUUAAAUUCUAAUAUCUCAUUUGUCAGUAAAACCUAAUUAAAGACAUUCAGCCUGUGCAAAAGACCUCACCCAGUUCUCCCUCUCUUCUGUCCAAUAAAUAAAACACUAUUCUAGAUAGAUAGAUUUGUACUUACAGCAUUGUCUAAAUAUGUUUUUGUGAGUGUAUCAUAUGCUUCUGAUUAAAUUAUGUAAUGACGUGGA